CUCGGUUCCGGUUCCGGGUCCGUCCGGGUCGGGGUCCGGCAGCGGGUCCGGUCCGGUAGCGGUGGUGUUGGUGGUGGUGGGCGGCGGGUCCGGCGGCGCGGCGCAAGAUGGCGGACCUGGAGGCGGUGCUGGCGGACGUGAGCUACCUGAUGGCCAUGGAGAAGAGCCGCGCCGCGCCCGCCGCCCGCGCCAGCAAGAGGAUCCUGCUGCCCGAGCCCAGCAUCCGCAGCGUGAUGCAGAAGUACCUGGAGGACCGGGGGGAGCUGACGUUCGACAAGAUCUUCACACAGAAGAUCGGGUACCUGCUCUUCCGGGACUUUGCCUUUAACCAGGCAGAGGAGGCCAAACCCCUGAUGGAGUUUUAUGAGGAGAUCAAGAAGUACGAGAAGCUGGACUCGGAGGAGGAGCGGAGCACCCGGAGCCGCCACAUCUUCGACCAUUACAUCAUGAAGGAGCUGCUGGCCUGCUCCCAUCCCUUCUCCAAGAGCGCCACGGAGCACGUCCAGAGCCGCCUGAGCAAGAAGCAGGUACCCCCGGACCUCUUCCAGCCUUACAUUGAGGAGAUCUGCCAGAACCUGCGGGGAGGCAUCUUCCAGAAGUUCAUUGAGAGUGACAAAUUCACGCGGUUCUGCCAGUGGAAGAACGUGGAGCUGAACAUCCAUCUCACCAUGAACGACUUCAGUGUGCACCGCAUCAUCGGCCGUGGGGGAUUCGGGGAGGUCUACGGCUGCCGGAAAGCGGAUACAGGCAAAAUGUACGCCAUGAAGUGCUUGGACAAGAAGCGCAUCAAGAUGAAGCAGGGCGAGACCCUGGCCCUCAACGAGCGCAUCAUGUUGUCCCUCGUCAGCACCGGGGACUGCCCCUUCAUCGUGUGCAUGUCCUACGCCUUCCACACACCCGACAAGCUCAGCUUCAUCCUCGACCUCAUGAAUGGGGGGGACCUGCAUUAUCACCUGUCCCAGCACGGAGUCUUCUCGGAGGCAGAGAUGCGGUUCUACGCGGCGGAGAUCAUCCUGGGCCUGGAGCACAUGCACAGCCGCUUCGUGGUGUACCGAGACCUCAAGCCGGCAAACAUCCUCCUGGACGAGUUUGGGCACGUCCGCAUCUCAGACCUGGGCCUGGCCUGUGACUUCUCCAAGAAGAAGCCUCACGCCAGUGUGGGCACGCAUGGGUACAUGGCUCCGGAGGUGCUGCAGAAAGGAGUGGCGUACGACAGCAGCGCCGACUGGUUCUCACUGGGCUGCAUGCUCUUCAAGCUGCUGCGGGGCCACAGCCCCUUUCGGCAGCACAAGACCAAGGACAAGCAUGAGAUCGACCGCAUGACCCUCACCAUGGCUGUGGAGCUGCCCGAGUCCUUCUCCCCGGAGCUCCGUUCCCUGCUCGAGGGGCUGCUGCAGCGGGACGUGAACCGGCGCCUGGGCUGCAUGGGCCGCGGGGCUCAGGAGGUGAAGGAGGAGCCCUUCUUCAAGGGGCUGGACUGGCAGAUGGUCUUCCUGCAGAAGUACCCACCCCCCCUCAUCCCACCCCGCGGCGAGGUGAACGCGGCCGAUGCCUUCGACAUCGGCUCCUUCGACGAGGAGGACACCAAAGGCAUCAAGCUCCUGGAGAGCGACCAGGAGCUGUACCGCAACUUCCCGCUCACCAUCUCGGAGCGCUGGCAGCAGGAGGUGACGGAGACCGUGUUCGAGGCCGUCAACGCCGACACCGACAAGCUGGAGGCGCGCAAGAAGGCCAAGAACAAGCAGUUGGGCCAUGAGGAGGAGUACGCCAUGGGCAAGGACUGCAUCAUGCACGGGUACAUGGCCAAGCUGGGCAACCCCUUCCUGACGCAGUGGCAACGCCGCUACUUCUACCUCUUCCCCAACCGCCUCGAGUGGCGCGGGGAGGGCGAGUCACCGCAGUCCCUGCUCACCAUGGAGGAGAUCGACUCGGUGGAGGAGACGCAGGUGAAGGAGCGCAAGUGCAUCCUGCUCCGCAUCCGCGGGGGGAAGCAGUUUGUGCUGCAGUGCGAUAGCGACCCCGAGCUGGUGCAGUGGCGGAAGGAGCUGCGGGAUGCCCAGCGCCAGGCGCAGCAGCUCCUGCAGCGGGUACCACGGAUGCAGAACAAGCCCCGCUCGCCCGUGGUGGAGCUCAGCAAAGUGCCCUUCAUCCAGCGCUCCAGCAACGGGCUCUGACCGCUGCCUGCGCCCCCCCUGCCCCGUCCCUCCUCUUAUUUAUUGGGUUGGGUUCCCCUGUGCCCAUGGCUCCCGGAGGAUGCCCGGUGCCGGUCUCCAUCGGAGGGGACACGGCUGCGGCG